AAAGAAUUUAAAUUGAAAGUUUAAAAAUCAUAUUGUGUGUGCUAGCGUGUUAUGUGCACAACUUGCAUGAAGGAGCAUAUGGAAACCAAAAGAGGACAUCAGAUUCCUUGGAACUGGAGUUACAGGCAGGUGUGAGCUGUUGUGUGGGUGCUGGGAACUGAACCUUGGUCCUCUGUGAUAGCAGUAAGCACUCUUUACUGCUAUGACCCUCAAAGAGAUUUUUAUAACGGGAAGUUUAAACAUAAGGUUAGCUAAGGAUGCAGAAGAUAAGGAGUUGGUUGAGUUGGUAUAGAUAGGCGAAUCCAUUUAGUAAAUUGUUUUCUGUCCAAAAUAAAAGAUGUUUGUAGUAAUUUUAAAUUUUAAAUUUGAGUAACCUAAGCCUUGACAUACUGGUAAGGUUUCUGCUAGCAGUAGGUGAGGCAGAGAAGAGCCUGAGGUCAUUGUUUUUCAGGAGAAAUGAGCUUUUUAAGCUGCUGAGGGACAAGUGUCUUGCUCCUUGCUUUGCUCUGCCUCGCCCAGUAACUAACACUCAGUGUUCAUUGAGAGUUGGAGGUGGGCUGUAGCUCGGUAGGUAGAAUGCUUGGCCAGCAUGUGCCCAGGGGUCCAUCCCCAGCCCUGUGUAAGUCAGUGUGUGCUACCAGAUCCCGGAAUUGUGAGGUGGAGGCAGGAGGAUUAGAAGUUCAAAGUCAUUCUUAGCUACAUGGUGACUUUGAGGCCAGCCCAGGAUAUAGGAGACCUUGCCAAAAGCGAGCACUGCUGACUGUGAGCGAAUUUGUUGGAAUCUUGCUGUGGAACAGCCCGUCUCUGAGCGAUGAAGAGAACUUGAAAGUAUUUGGGAAAUGCAACAAUCCCAAUGGCCACGGGCACAACUAUAAAGUUGUGGUGACAGUACAUGGAGAGGUACGUGCUGGAAAUGGUGUGUGGAUUUGUUCAGAUUGCUGGGCCAUCUUCCAGACACUGGUGAAAUCUGUGUUGAAAGCUUGUGUUUGAGUUGCUUCACCGCUGGCCUUUCUGUGUGAUCGAUCCCGUUACAGGAAUGGUUAUGAAUUUGACUGACCUCAAAGAAUACAUGGAGGAGGCCAUCAUGAAGCCCCUUGACCACAAGAACCUGGACCUGGAUGUGCCGUACUUUGCAGAUGUUGUGAGCACGACAGAAAAUGUAGCUGUCUAUAUCUGGGAAAACCUCCAGCAACUUCUUCCUAGAGGAAUUCUUUAUAAAGUAAAAGUGUAUGAGACUGACAACAACAUUGUAGUAUAUAAAGGAGAAUAGAUCUUAGAGUUGAAUUAUAGAAAGGCUGAGUGCUUUUCUUAUUUGAAAAAGCUCUUUGUCCCUUUAGACUGUCCAGCAGUCACCACAUACUUGUGUCUCUACAUUGUGUUCUGGGUUGCCUGAGCGUUCAAAUGUGUAAGGUCCACAUUUAAAUGUAUUUAAAUACCAAACUUUCAAUAUAUCCUGAAUAUAUUUUUAGUGAGGAAGCAGGGAAGAGCUGAGGAUUGAACCAGGGUCUCACCCACGCCAAGAAUGCUGAACUGCAUCCAUUCCAGUCCUCUAUGUGCCAUUUAGAGAUCUGUUGUCUAGAGAUUAAAAAUUAUUUCAUUCUCAGCAAAAUGUUUUGGUGUGGAAUUAUUUAGAGAUGAAAUAAACCCAUUUUCAUUAUAUGUAUGUAUUCUCUGUUAUCUGUCUCAUUUUUAGCAUUUGUUUCUUCUUGGUAUAAUAUAAAUAGCAAAAAUGUUUAUGUAAUUUAUAGUAUGUAAACCUUAAGGGAAAAAUUUAGAGGGGUAUAAAGUCUGGAGACUAUUUCUUUUUAAGGGUUUAGUUAUUUUUAAUUGUGUGUGAUGAUAUAUGUAGUUUGUUUUUCACAAUAUAUGUAGUUUAUUUUGAGGUUAUGGCCCAUUUGUAAUUUAUUUAUUGAUUGAUCUUAAAUAACUCAGAUUUUUCAAUUUAAGCUUCUUAUCAGUAAAAUGAGAAAAAUAAAUGCCUACCUUACCUGGUAUUUGUUGUAGAACUUGAAAGACAGAGUACCCUCCAAAGUAAUAGCGGCAAUUCUGCCUUUCAAGUAAUAAAAUUACACACAAAUAAACUUUUUGACAACUGAAACAUAGUAAAAUUUAACUAAGUGGGCAUUGCAUUGUCAAAAUUUAUAAUAAAAGUCCUUAAUUUA